GUUUAUUUAUUGGACCCCUCGUUGCUGAUCCCCUGUGCCGAGGUGCUCGCCGGUGGUCAUGUAAUGGACCGACAUUUUGAAGCCCUCGAAGUGCAUGUUCCAUUCUUACUGAAAUUUUGUGUGGAUUACAAUCUUUAUGGUAUGAACUACAUGCGAGCAAAAUACUUCCGUGCUCGAGGUGACAAAUCCGUUUCUGUGGAUACAACCGUUUGUUCGUCGGUGGAUGGGACCUAUCUGUGUCAUCCUGUUACACGUGUGGGCGACCAGCUACUACCCUCCAACGAAGCUCCCCGACACACUAGCACAGAAGUGGAGGUAGAUAUUUCUGUUCAGGACAUUCUGAAUCGGGAUGAACUAGCCAGUUGCUCCGGAUUGAAUCCUGGUUUGGAGGCUCUGUGGUCGGAGGAACGUGCUCGCCGCAUCAGCAAUCAGUUUGGUUCAGAACUUCCUGAGACUCCAACACCGGAUGAACUUCUGCCUUUGACCAAAGAUGGCAGUUUUCCAGUGUCUGCGAGGGAACGUGCUCUCCGGGAUCGAUGGACUCAACUGAUCGCUCGACUUGGCGGUGAAUCAGAAGAUGGCAGUUUUCCAGUGUCUGCGAGGGAACGUGCUCUCCGGGAUCGAUGGACUCAACUGAUCGCUCGACUUGGCGGUGAAUCAGGCACGGGUUCACACGUAAGUUCGAUGGAGAGGCGUGGCCUAUUGCUCUUUCUCGUCAACAAGCUCUCAUUUCAAAAGUUCACCGCCCUCUACUUCGCUAUUCCAUCUCUUUUUAUACGUCUGUCUAUGUUUUGGCACAAAGUUCCUUCGAUAUCCGACGACUUCAUUGCCCGAUGGCUGGGACAAAGCCACGAUGAGGACGAAGAACUGGAGCCCACACAAACUUCAACAUCAUUGAUGGAAUUCAGCUCCGCGGCAUCCGGGCAAUCACGUGCGAUACGUCUGAACUCUUCCUCAACGCAAGAUGCAAUUAGUACAAUCAGCGUGGAUGAAUUAAAACGGAUCGCUUCCGUUACCGAAGACGCAGAUGCUUCACUCAUGUUCCCUGACAAAGAACUCCCGUGGGGCUUUCUAAAGUGUUCGUCAGAAUGGUCAGAGGCCGCGAGAAGCUCAUUGCACGGUGGAUCCAGUGUGUUUAGCCAACUGAGUGUUCGUUCCUCUCAAGAAGCGAGAGAGUUGGGCUCUUCUCACCGUAGCAAAAUACCCUCAAAUGAAUCCGAAGAUUUGGCCAAUUCUCCGUUGUCUGUCAGCGAUCGUGAUACCCUCAGGAUUGUUGACAGUCCACGUAGUGAACAUUCCUUUCUCGAUGGCGAAGGGGCAGAAGCCACUUUGCUAUCUUGUGCAACGCGUUCUGCCAUUCAGUACGUUUUGUCCCAUGGAUCCAACGGCGAUGAUUUCGUGUUGGAGCAGAAUGACGCGGAUACAAUUAAUCACCUGGUGGCAGCUAACGAGGAAGAGAUCUGCGUUGCUGACGAAGUGAUUCCUGAUAGCAACGACUCAGGUGAUGUACAGGAAUGCUGUGAAAGAGAGCAGCCUCUGAAGAUUUUGCCACCCCCAAACUUUGGUAGUGGCACAUGUUUGGAGCGUAUUGAGGAAUCCGGUGAAGAAUUUCAUCCUCCAGAAGAUCCGGAUGGUGAGCUAUUCUUUAGUCCACUGUCUCCUUGGUCAGUUCACUCGGAUGCUGGUGAUGAACCAGUUCCAAUACAGUCAGAACACUUGGUAUUCAGUCUGUCUCAGUCGUUGUUCGAUUCAUCGGCGCUGGAAGAACACGAGGGACAGAUGGAAGAAUGUGUACAAAAGGCGCCAAAGGAACCCCGUAUUUCACAGCUGGAUGGCACGGAGGACGAUAGUGAGUUUACUCAAGGCCACGUCGGACCUGAGCGAGGUCGACGACGGAGGUUGGGUAUGAGACUUACGACAAGUCGAACCAACAUCCGUCCAUCAAAGGUGUCUGGAUCAGAGCUCAGCUUGGUCAGUCCUCCCACGGCAAUACAUCAAGGGAGUACGGAGGCACGACCAUCAUCCCCAGGAACUGAUGCAUCCAACUUUGACCACACUGCCUCAAAUACCUCUGUUCAUGAGUUACCCGCUGCUAAGCAGGCAGAUGAUGCCUUGGCACAAUUUACUCCAAGGCCUGUAGAUAAAUUAAAUAUUUCUCCUGUGGUCCUUAUGGAGAAGCUGGAUCCAGCGCUCCUCCAUUCACCUCAAUCCGAGCCCUUCUCAAAUCUCCGUCUGUCUCCCCGAGAUGAAUUUGAAGAUCUUAUUGUUCCCAUAUCCCCAAUCAAUCAGAUAGAAAUCACGCAUGUUCCCAGUGGCAUCCAAUCGUUCCAUCCUCUCGACGAUGCACUCUCGUCUCAAGUCACGACCCUAGAUGAACCGCUUUCUUUCAACGGAACGCCGGGUCACUUGACUCUGUACUCGCAAACUCAGUACUCUCCAACACCAGGAUCAUCAUCAUUCCCUACUCCCCAGAUGGAGGUGGAUCCUCUACCUGUCCCGGUGCCUACCUAUCCUGAAACUUCUUUAUGGCGUCCUUCCAUCCCACCUCCUUCUGUCAGUAGCGUUAACCGAUGGUUGCAGAAGUGUUCCACGCCUACUCGACCAGCCUCCUCAGAUAUUUCACCUGUACGUCAUGAAAAUUCACCCAACAGCAGUACAGAUUCGGAAAUCAUCCUGGAUAUUACGACCAACCCAAAUCCUCAGGAAGGGGUGACAUGUGUUAACUCGGCUAGUCAAGACGACCUAGUCUCGCCUGGUCAGCUGUCAAACUCGACACAGCCGAAUGACAUCAGUUUAACAGCACGUCGUUCCUCGGUCACCUCUGUCAGUAUGAUGUACCAAGCAGCAAGUCAGCGCUGUUUUCUCCCAGUACAAACGGAUCACACGACUGUAGCUAGCUUGGAACUUCACUGUCGCUCUCGUUUGGUCAGCGCCCGAGGUCGGUCGAACACGGUGGACAGCUCACAAAACAGCGCGCGUUCCCAAACCAAAGCUUCGAUGUGCCGUGGUCUACUGCCCAAUGCCAAACUCGAUCCGAUCAUUUUGGCUUGUCUCACAUUUCGCGUACCCUCUAACUCACGCGAGAAAUCCUCCCAUUCACGUAAAAAUUUGUUUGUGCUGGUCAACACAACCGAAAUGCCCAAACUAGACACGACCAACCUGAGUCCCUCCAAAUGGCCCGGUCCGUUUCGUCUUGCGCUUUCCUCCUAUUUGGAUGGACAAUCGUUGACCAAGGAUGCUGCAAACUCGUCGGCAUCCAAAGCCGCCUCACGCACCCUGCGGACACGCUUUGUUUGGUGUGAGAGUGAAUGGAAUCUAUUCAGUUGGGUUGUUUAUCUCUUACAAUGGUACGAUCCUGAUCUUUUGAUUGGCUACGACGUUGAGCGCUACUCGUGGGGUUACCUAGUACAACGGGCAUCGUAUCUGAAUCGUCACCACUACCCUCGUGAAUUGUCUCGUCUUGCUCCGUGCCUGUGUUGUGGACGUCUCAUCGCAUUUGUUGGACAGUUUGUCAACCAAUCUGGCUCUCUUCAUUUGGACGAGUCCACCCUCACCGACGUGGAUCGUUCCAUGUGUUGUUGUCCUUGCCGUCCCACACCAGUUGGCGAAAAAUCACCCCCAAAAGGCUCACCAUUGCAGCGAUUUCCAGGUUGGCCUCCUGCGUCAGUAUCAGGUCGCACUGGUGGACAGUUUCCCUGCCCUGGUCGUGUUGUGCUCUGUCUUUGGCGGAUCGUCAUGUCUGAGCUUAACAUCAAGUGCAUUUCAUCGUUUACUCCACACUUCAUUUCCUCCAGUUGGCGGACAGUGGACUAUUGGUGUUAUCGCUCUCUGGUCAAUCAUCGCAUCAUCGAGGCCCUCGAUCUAAUUGGUCGUACGAGUGAAUUCGCUCGCGUAUUUGGCAUCGAAUUCUUUCACGUGUUGUCCAGAGGAUCACAAUAUCGAGUUGAAUCGUUACUCUGUCGUACCGCGCACGCAGCCAACUUCCUACUUGCCAGUCCUAACGUGACGCAGCGCGCUCGACAGCGAGCUCCGGAGGCAAUCCCACUCAACUUGGAACCAGACAGUCGAUUAUUUGUGGACGGACCUGUGGCUGUGUUGGAUUUCCAAUCUCUCUACCCUUCCAUCAUGAUCGCGUACAACUACUGUUACUCUACCUGUCUCGGCCGUUUGUCUUCGCUAGAGAAAGACACGCGAGAUCUCUUCGAGUUUGGCUGUUUGACUCACUCCGUGUCGGCCGGACUUCUUCAAACUUUGGAGCAAAACGUGAACAUUGCCCCAAAUGGUGUGGUGUUUGUCAAAAAAUCUAUCAGAGAAGGAAUCCUACCCUGUAUGCUCAAACAACUGCUGAGUACACGCCUGAUGGUCAAGGACUCUAUGAAGCUGUAUAAGGAACACAGGUCACUGAAUCGACUUUUGGACGCACGACAGCUCGGCCUCAAGUUAAUGGCCAACGUGAUAUUCGGUUACACUGCCGCAAGUUUCUCUGGUCGAAUGCCUUGUGUAGAGGUUGGUGACAGCAUUGUGAGCAAGGCACGUGAGACAUUGGAACAGGCAAUCCAGCUGGUCGACUCAGGAGCAAUUGAACUCCCGCAUCGGACAACACCACGCGUGGUGUAUGGAGAUACAGACAGCUUAUUUAUCCAUCUUCCCGGUCUCGGAAAACUUGAAGCUUUUGAGGUAGCCCACGCAAUUGCAAACGCGAUCACGUCGCUAAACCCUGCACCAAUCAAACUCAAGAUGGAAAAGGUUGUGGACUCUACUCUGCGGCUUUUAUUCAAUCAGUUUCCUCUGCCUCCAACGGCAUCGUCGGUUGGGGAUUCAUCCGGCGGCCCCACCGAUAUCUACUCUGAUGUCCGUCAGUACCUACUUGUUGCCGAAUCACGAGUUCGUGAGGCAGUGCGUCAUUUCAGUCAGAAACUGAUGGACGGUCGUGUUCCCUUUGCCGACUUCAUUUUGACACGACCCUACUGGGGAAUGACUGCCUAUAAACCGGGAAACUUUGCUCCAGCUCUGCAAGUGGCUAGCCCACAUUGCUCCGUUUCCCUAAAAGCGCAUCCGGCUAACAAGCGCCCGCAACGUCGUUUUACGGCUAUGUUUCCAGAAUGCUCUCACUUCGGAGGCUUACUUUCUGCAUUGAAAUUAAUCCAUUUUCAUUUGAUGAAUUGUCAACCGGAACACCUUGUCCAUUCUAUUUCCAGACGCCUCAUUGCUCUGGACACUGGAGCGGAACCAGCCGUCGGCGAACGUGUGGCUUAUUACGUGACUCCCGGUCGGCCAGACCAAACAAUCUUAUCUUGUCUGCGUUCUUUAGCCGAACUAGGUCCUCCAACCACACCAUCAGGAACGAAUUUUUCUGUCAGACGAGCAUUGCCACCUCGACUGAAUUUGAGCUAUUAUCUAGACAAACAGCUGUUGCCUCCACUGAAUCGCAUCACGCAGUUACUGGGUUGGAAGGUUCACCAAUGGUUGAAUGACCUGCCUCGAUACCAGGUCAGUUCAAAUCAACGAUGUAGGAUUGCCUCGGGUCGUGGUGCCAAUCAAACCAGUGGACAAUCACUUGCUCACCUGGACAGUUUCGAUUCGCAGUCAUCGUCUUUCAGUCAGACUUCGGUUGUGAGUGGAGGACGCCCACUGAGGCGUCGCCGCCAGUCUGCCAUUAUGCGUGCAUUCGUAACUCAAUCGGUUCGCGUAUGUCCGAGCUGUGGAGCACACUUGCCUCACUCGGUCCCCAGUGAUGCGUUUGGGAAUUGCAAGCCGUGUUUAGAAAGAAAUCCCAAAUUGACCACGAUCGAAGCUACACGUUUCGGUUUCGAGGUAGGUUCUUCCCUUAGUCCAAUGUACUGUGUUUUACUGCUCCGGCAUACAAAUCAGCUGAUGGCGGAAGCCGAACGAAUCUGCACCGGCUGUCUUGGCAAUCGUGGAGGUUCAUGUGACCCAACAUGGCUUUGCAUGAGCAUUCACUGUCCAGCCCAUAGCCAACGUCUAUCAGCUGCCUCCAGUUUGGCCAACUUCUGGUCAAAGCACAGGUAUCGACUAACUCAUGUGGAUAUCUCGUGGUGA